CGGGGUCUCUGGAGCGGGCUCGUGGGAGCUGCCCGGCCCGGCCCGGCCCCGGCAUGGUGCCCGCGCGGCCCCGCGUGAAGAGCGAGUACAUGAAGCGCUUCAAGGAGCCCAAGUGGGAGUCGUGCGGCCCCUGCUACCGGGAGCUGCUGCGCUACCGCCUCAGCCGCCGCCUGCUGGAGCAGGCGCACCGGCCCUGGCUCUGGGACGGCUGGGAGCCCGACAGCAGCGGCAGCAGCGCCGGCUCCCCCUCGCCGCCCAGCACCAGCCCCCCGGCCGCGCAGCAGCAGCAGGAGGCGCCAGCGCCAGGUCCCGGCGGCAGCAGCCGCGUUGGGGAGCCGGGAGCAGCGGGGAAGGCGAGCCCGGCGGAGCCCCCGCGCCCAGCGGAGAAAGAAACAGAGGGAGACGACCAAGAGAAAGUUGCAGAACAGGCAUUGGUGAAAGAAACUGACAAAUCAACCACCCGUACAGGACAACAACCAAGUCGAAGUGCCUUGUCCAGUCGGAAUGAUCGAAGAUCAGCUAAAAGUCCUCAAAGGACAGAUGCAGCAAAGGAGCAUAAACAUCCAUUUGCUUUAUAUGGCUGGGGAGAAAAACGUACAGAUACAGGGAGCCAGAAAACUCACAAUGUCUGUGCUUCUGCUUCAGUGCAUGAAAUUCAUGAAUCUGCACUACGAGCAAAGAACAGAAGGCAAGUGGAGAAAAGGAAAUUGUCUCAAAAGCGAGUGCGCUCUGCAGAUGUGGAUCGGACCUGGAGAGUAAAGCCUUCCCUGCCAGAUAAUCCCUGGAUGACUGAGUACAUGAGAUGCUACUCAGCAAGAUCUCGGUGAAUCAAAAGUUGCUUGGACAUCUUUCUAAAUUAAAAUAUUUAUAUUAGAUCAGGACAUUGGUGCGAACUACUUAUGCAAGGUUUUUAUAGGGGGUUUCCAGCAGUCUGUUAUAAUCAUUUGUAUUUUGGCUACCUACCUCAUCAGUAGAGCUGGAGCCAUAACAUUUGAAGAUGUUUUUAAAUAUAGUUCCUUAAAUUUUUAAAUAUUUCUCCUUUUCUGAAGUCUUUAAGAGGCAUUUCAAUGGAUCUUUUGAGAUGAUUUCAAAAUACUGAAAGUCUAAACUUUUACAAAAUCUUUGUGAAAUGAACCAAUUCUAAAAAAACUUUCAACUGCCCCCUUUAAAAAAAAAAAAAAAGUGUGUGUGUGGGGGGCCUUAACUCAAAUCAUGUGAUCAUGGUGGUGUUGGCAACCUUUCCCAGAGUAUGGUGUAUGUGCUAUUGCAUUAUUUAAAAUACUUGAUUCAACACCUUCAAAAUAUCAUGUAGGUUACAAUAUCCAACCUGGAAGCAAGUGGCUCUGGUACACAAUCUGAGACACAAUGAAUACUGGCCUGAUGAAGACAGCUGUUAAGUGUUGUCUGCUAUAUAUUAGAGACUUUUUUUAAAAAAAACUUGGUAAUAUUUCUCUAAACUUUCAGUAAUUAGUGAAUCAUGCAGAUAUUCUUCAACUGAGUUUCAUUGCUGUUUUAAAAUGUCAGUGGAAUAGAUUAAUAUGAUUCAGUUGUGGCAAAUUAUUUUCCAAGUGAGAAGUCCACGGGAUUAAUUUGCAAUUACUGUGACUAUUACACCAAAUGACUGAUGUAGACAAUCAUUAUUUGAUGGCUGUUGGUCAAUAGACAAUUGCUUGCUGUACUGCUCUUGACCUGACAACAUCAUACUGAGCUAGUAAAAACACCCGUUUUGUGCUUAAUCAUUUUGAUACCAGCCUCUCAAUGAAGACUGUAUAUAUUUCAAAAUGUACUUUGACCAGACACCAGCUGAUUCAUUAGUGAAGUCUUGUUUGUUUUUAAUGUUUGUAGCUGGAGAGUGGGGAGAGUGUAUUUCACUGGUAUGCAUUCCAUUUGGUUUAGUAUGGUUAAUAAUACUUAAGUUUUAAAUUUGUAGAACAGUUUUGAUAAACAUUUGCAAAUGAAGUUUUCAUGGCCAUAUCUGUCCUGGAGGCAUGUUCAUAACUUUCUGCCAAGGGGAAAGAAAAUAAACCCCGUAGUAACUGGAGACUAAUGAAAUCUGUGGCUAUUUUCACUUGGUUGGCUGUUUUCUGUACAACGUAGGACUGCCAGUAAUUGAUGGAUCCUCAAUUUGUUUCUUUACUCAGUUGUUCUAAAUGUAACUUUAGUUUUGUAGUAAACAUGAGCUUAAAGAUCCUUGCAGUAGCUGUGCGCUUUUUGAGAUCUCUUUGAAGUGCGGUGGUGGUGGUGUAAUAGUUCUGAGGUUCAUUCUUUUACAGGCUGCUUUGGGAUCACUGACCUCUUUUGACAUAGCUUGAUCACACUUAACAUUUCAGACUCUCUUUUAAACAAAACUUUUAAAAUCUAUGAGAAAUGUUAUGCCCCUAUUGGAAGUGUAGUAACAGUGUGUUUAAUGCAUUUGACCAGUCUGCUUCAUUUCACUACAGUGAAGUGCAGAAAAUAAAGUAACAGCAAUAAGUAAACUAGAAUCCAAAAAUCUAAGGUUAGUAGUAAUAAAGGAGUUGAUGUGACUCAGUCUAGAAUAGUCUGGCUGAAACUGGCCACAUUGACUGAGUAAGCAUGGCUUUCAUAUUUAAGUUUUUCAAGGGAUACUAUUAGGUUAAAUAAUUUGAAAGUUGUAUGUCACUGAGGCCAGAGAUCAUUAAAACUGACUUAUAAAAUACAGAAGGAUUUAAUAAGUCAGACAUGGCCUCAUUUUCUGGCUUUAAAAACUUAUAAUACAAUUCCAAAAAAAAUUCAAAACAUCCAAUAGAUUUUAUGCAACUUUCUAGUGACUAGUUUAGAAGACUAGGCUUGUAGAGUCUUUAAUAGACAGAUCAUUUGCUUUUCAGAACUAAUAUCUGUCUACAGCUGAAAAUAUUCUGUAAAUUUAUUUGUGGCUUGUACCAGUGACUAAAAUACACUUAAUAGAUCUCCCUUCCUCCAGAUCAAUGCCCAGUAUUGAGGACAUCCUAGUCCAUUGCAUGUCAACUUUUUUUUAACUUAACUAAGAUCUUUCCACUAUCUAGGGCCUAGUUUACUUUCCCUCAAGAUGCAUCUGCUGUAAACGUGGUCUAGUUCCAAAUGUCCCCUUCUGUUCUCAGGGUUAGUUGGUCUCCCCUAGACAGCAGCACAGAAGCUCCACUAGCUGUAUGUUAGCAACUAUAUUGGAUAAACAAAACUGCUUUUACUCAAACAUUGGGUGCUUCUCUGGCUUUGCUGGAAUAUUUUGAAGUACCUAAUAUUUAGUCCUUUCUGUUCCAUACUUUCAGUGCAGAUAUCAAAUCAGCCAAACUACUGCCCUGGUCUUUUAGUAUUUAAAGAUUCAGUAGGUUGUUUAAAUAUCUUAUAUACAGUUUAUGCCCUAACUAAGCUACAGCAUCAGUCUCUCUAUGUUGACAACUUUUUUUUUUUAAGGGGUUGUUCUGUUUUCACCCUCGGGCUAAGUUAGUUUUGACAGGAACAGCUGUUGACUGACUAGCUAAAAGGCAGUAGUGUCACAAAAUCAGGUCAUAUGUCUGUCAGUUGGAAGGUUCCACAGUACCAGGCUGUGGCUAAAAACAGCAUUGAAUUAUGUGCAUGGACUGACUUUUUUGGUAACUCAGGUAAAGCCUCAGUUGCAAGGCAGGUUUUUUCUGAAGACUUUUUUUAAAUUGGGAAAGCUGCUGAUCUGUCUGACUCUUCAAGAUAACCAUUUGAAAAUAAACACAUCAGUCAACACUUGGGGCCAUAUUUUAAAGGGUCCUAAUCUUGACCAUUUGACGUUUGCCAUCAAUUGUGGGCGCAAAUUGUAGCAUUGACAUCUAAGAGCUUCUCUACGCUUGUGGCAGUGUGUAUUGUAUGUGAAGCUUGACGUUGCAGUGACAGGCAGGCUGCAUCCACACUCACUGUGAUGUGUACCAAGACAUGGUAACAAAAGGCUUUGAUUGGGGGGGAGGGGCAGCAGGGAAAGGCUCUAGCAGCAAGAAGUUGCCAGAGCCUUUCACUGAGCUGGUGAAAGGCUCUGGAACAGGGAGCUGCCUAGAGCCUUUCCCACUGCUGGAACCCUUCACAGCAGCAGGGAGAUAGCAGGACACUACACUGUUUAAAAACCAUAGAGUAGAGGUGGGAGACUGGCUUGGGCCUGUAGAGAGACAUGUAGGGUACUUUACUUGCCUAAGUUGUGCUUUGCUGUCUGCACAGCUAUUCAUACCUACGCUAGCAGUGUCUGCUCUACUUGCCACCAUAAGUGCAGACUUAACCUAAUUAUGGCCAUGGCUGAUCUAAGUCCCAAAGACAGUUUCGUAAAGCAGGGGUUUUGCAGCUCAACAGCUUUUAAACUAAACUUGAUGUGAUAUUGGAGCAGAGUCUUGAUGAAAAGCCAGAAACUCCUAUUAAAUACCUAUAAUGGUUUAGCUAGCUAAGCUACUUUGCUUUAGAGAUGGAUUCGCUGAAGCAGACUGCCUCUUUGACAAUGAGAGUUUAGGUAGAUGUUUAAGUUUAAAUGUCACAACCCUUUCAGUUUAGAGGAGACAGAAGCUUAUCUUGAAUUGAGUUGAUUUUACAGAAAAAGUAAAUCUACCAGCUUAAUGAACCCUCAUUUUAAAGACAAGGCUUGUUUUAUACUUAGCAAAAAAUACUAUGAACUAUUUACCAAAGUCUUCACUAAAACUCUGAAGGGUGUCCCUUCAUUCACUAGAUACUUAACAGCACUCUACAUUAAGUGAAACUUGGUAGAUUUUGCUAAUAUAAUGCUGCAGUUUGUCAACUUCACAAGUUCUAUGAAGACUAGUUUGGUGUACUCUGUGUACAGUGUUGCAAUGAAAGCUGUAAAAGAAUGCCUUUGUAUAAUAGAGUAGCAUGCUUGUGUUCAAUCAUACUGUAACAUCUUUCUUGCAUCAUGUAAUUAUCUAAAUUUCAGUGAACAAAUAUCCGUUUAAGAUGCUGAAUUUGACUUAUGAUGUCUUGUAUUCCUAGUAACUUGUUUGGUCCACUUUAAUUGAGGCAGCAGAUGUACACCACUCAAUUUUUCAUUCUGGGGAAAGUACAUCAGUCUUUAAAUUUUUUUAAUGUAAUGCACUGGCACUAAAUUCUUUGAGUUGGACAUAUGGUUAUAGUGACCAAAAGUUCAUAAACUGAGGAUCUAUGUGCAAUGAGUUGUUUUCAGUCCAUUCCUAGAUCACUCAGCAGCAAAGCCAUAAUGGAGCCUGACUCUCAACUCUACAGUUGGCUCCUCUAAAAACAAGGGUAGAAGCCGGGGAAGCUGCCUGAUGCUGUUUUGUUAGCUUUUGUGAGCACUGAAUUCACUUUAAGAACUAUGGGGAAAAUACCAUCUAAGCUUGAAGCAAUAUGUGACUUUUUUAAAGAAUGUUUUUAAACAGUAUUUUGUUUUUAGAGCUUCUGUAUUUGUAUUUAACACUAUGUAGGGUCAACUUGUACAUGUGAAUAAAAUUGAGUAACUUAA